GCCUCUUAAAAAAUAUAUUGAUAUACUCGAUUAUGAUACUUUUAAAAAUUGUCAGCCAGAAGUAAAUUCGUUGGAAACUUUCAUCGCUAAAAGCUUCAAAAUACAUGUAAAAUUCUUAAAAGCAGAAUCGAAUGGAGAAAAUACUGACUAUAACUUUAUGGUUCUAAACCGUAUUAAGGAAUUGGAUUAUAUUACUAUUAAUUUCAAGUUUCCAGCCGCAAGUCAUCUUCAAUAUGCUAAUCAACUAGAACUUAAAGAAGA